GAAACUCACACACAGGGGAAGGGCAGGAAACAGACCUAAAACAGAGAGACAAAAGCAGGACUGAAGAAGACAAUCAAAACUAAGAAGAACUUUUAAGGAACAACAGAGAAACAAAAGGAAGAGUGGUCAAGAUGUUGAUCACCAUGCUUACAGCUAUGUACGUGAUGGUCAGAGUCGUAGAAUCGAUAGGCACGCGGUUUGCACGGCAACAGGACCCUUUGCCUUACUUGGUGUCCCAGCCUUUGCCUUGGCAGGUUCACUCUGUGUCACACAGCCGCAGGAGCAGCAAAGCAGAAGAGUUUGAUGGCCUCAGGAGGAACAGCAUAGGCGUGUACAGAAAGAACUACAUCUCUGUGGCUUUUGCCUCUGCCUCUCUGUUGUGCUCAGACUCCAACGCCAGCAAUGGGACGUGCCCUGUGCCCCCUGUUCCCCCCCUCAGCCCUGUGGAGGUGGAGAAGGCCGCCGCCACAAUCCAGACCCACUUCAGGAAGUUCCAGCAGAAGAAGCAAAAGAAUGGGAAGUAAAGGGACAGAGAGGGGCGUGGCAGUGGUGUAGCAAUCAGGUGGGACAUUUAGAUUCACCACAGGAUGGAUAAACUGUGUGAUGACACACAUGUUUGCAGAUCUACAUUCAGGCAGUGUUUAACACUAAUAGAUGUCCUGGGCGAGUGGUACAGAAUAAUCUAUAACAUAAAAGUGAUAGAGUACAUUUAAAUCCUCACUUGUAAUACUUAUUUAAAACAUACUAUGUUAAUUUGCUGUAUGUCUGAAUGUGAGGGUGUGACUGUGAGUCAUUUAUUUGUGUUUUAAGUUUGUAACUUACAUUUUUUGUCAACAAUGUGGAUCUCUCUAUUAAAAAAGCUAAAUGACUAUUUCAGUAGCUGCCUCUGAGCCAGUAUUUUGUUUCAUUGCAACACAGUGCCCUCUAGUGGUUUAAUCGGGAUAUUAUUUUGUUUUUCUCGGAUGUUUCAUCCAAAACUGCAAAUGUACCCCCAGAAAUUCCCUAUAUCUUUUCUUCUUCUUCUUUAAAAAAAAAAAAAAAAAAGAAUGCACUGAUAAAUACUUUUCAUGCUGUAAGGGUAUUUUAAAUGAUAAGCGAUAAACCUAAACUAAAAAUUCGGAAUAGCAAGAUGACUAUAAACAAAAGAAUGAAAUUACCACGAAAUUAUAAAAUCAUUAAAUCCUGAAACAAAGCAGCAGCCAAUCACAGAACUUGUUCUGCCUUUUUCGCCUUGAUUGAU